AUGAGCAGUUCAAGCCUCUACGAGCCAGAGGAAGAUGAUGAAGCAUCUGAUUCCGAUAUCGAGACGGGAAAUACGCAGUUCACAGAACCCCCCUCGUCUCCUCCGAGUCACAGAACCAGAUUGUCUUCUCCUCCCAAGCUCGAUGGAAGGUCCUCAUCCAGACCGGCGCAGACGCCCAGAAGGGUCUCUCGAAUGCAGAUGCUGGAGCAUCUACAGAUGUUGCUGAGCAAGGAAUCAGUGGAAGCAUAUUCCGAUCUACUCGCGCAAACGACUGACGAUCAUAUGUCCGUCGAAUCGAAGCCCGGCAGCGGAGAAUACCUACCUACCCAGGCUGGGAUCGUAUCUUGGGCACCGAAAGAGAAGGAAAUAUUCUUCAACGUCCUUGACAGGAAAGGGAAAGAUGGUAUCCGCGAGAUAGCUGGUGCGAUUGGUACGAAAUCAGAGCUGGAGGUCCAGGAAUAUCUUAGACUCUUGCAUAUGAGACUUGAAUGGCAGCAUAGGGAGGAAACACACAGCAGAGCAAUCGUCCUAGGCGAUGUGCCCGCGGCGGAGGAAGUAAGUAGCGAAUGCUGCGACUUCCUCGAUGAGUACUCUAAGCUACUAGUACUCAAAGAGCAGCAAGAUGAAGAUGUUGCCGGAAGACAGAGGCAUCACGAUUUGUGGAUAAUCGAUCGAGACAAAGCAGAACUAGUAGAAGAACUAGAGUCGCAGGAUCAAAAAUCUCAACCCGACUCAAGCAUUUACCACACAGCCAGUCUACUCAACAUCCCGCGGUGGAUACGGCUCUCUGAGCGCUUGUUCAUGAACUUUGGGGGCGCAAGACUAGAAGAUAAUUGGACGAAUAUAGCUUACGCAGGCGAAGCACCGGCGAUAACUGCCGACGCGUUAGCUGAAUUCUAUACUCUCACCGUAAGCGUGACACGCCGUUUAAUUCAGUCGACCCUAUUUUUCGCCAUGUCAAGACUGCGCAACAUGAGAGAUACGGGUAAUAGCAAGGCCAAGGUAGUCAAGCCGCGAGACGUUAGGACCGCGCUGGACGUGCUGAAGAUGAAACGAGACGGAUUUGAUUACUGGACUGGCGUAGCACGACGGUGCUGUUUGGAUGUUUCGGAUUCUCGACAUCGAAAAGGAUGGAAAGCCGUUCGCCUGAGCCAUGACGAGGUAGAAGAUAUGUUGUCCAAUAGGGUACCCAUCGAUGCAGAGUCAAAUCGGAGCACGUCUAGACAAAUGGCGCAAGGAAAUACUGACGGUGAAAACACUGACGGUGAUGAGGAUAAUGCAAGUGACAGUGGGAGCGAGUCUGAUCCCAAACGUUCCCCAUCCCCAUCCGCACUCUUAUCACCAGAAAUCUCCAGCGAUGAAGAUGAAAUCCCAUCGGAUGCCGAAAAUCAACACGCCGAGCUAGAAGACCAAAAAGCCAGUUGUCUUGGAGAGCUAGAACUUUGGAAAGCUUUGGACCGGCCAGCGCCGGCUUUUCUCGUUUCAAUUAAGGAUGAGAAUCAGGAAAAGAAAACGCGCAAACCGAUGGGAGCGCGCAAAACGCAAGAAGAGCUUACAGACUGGCGUGAAAGGACACUAUAUCGAAGCGAUUGGGAGGAGUAUGGUCACGAAGUUUAUGAUAUCUAUGAAGAGAUAUCCGAGAACCGACGAAAACGAAGGCGUCUUGACAAUUCCCGGGAUCCUUCACCUGUCCCAGCCGAUGAUGAAAACAACCAAGCAGAUGGAUACAAGGUUGAACCAACCGCUGGUGAAUAUGACGAGGACAUCAACCCUGGUGCAGAUGACCACAAAGACAUAGAAAUGGACGACGCAACCGCCCCAGACCAAAACACCACUAUCCCCCAAGAUGAAGAAGAUCCUGAAAUGAACAAUACCAGAAUCACACAAACAACCAAUCCCAAAACAAACCAGAAACAAACGAACGAAUCAGACUCAUCCUCACCUACCAACACAAACCUUGGAUACCGAUCACCUAUACUGACCCGUCGGAAGCGCAUACAACCCGAGCCCAAACAGGAAGAAGAAAGCUCCUCUUCUAGUUCAGAUGACGAUCUUCCUGCAACCCGAGAAUAUCCGUCCUCAGAACAAGACGACGGGGACGGCAUGCCCCUAUAUUCACAGCCGAUGAGUCCGGCUAACUGGCCCAGCGAUUGA